ACAAGUUUUUUUGUGUGUUUGCGCGUCCCUCUUAAACGAUUUGCAGAUUCUCAAUUCUGCAUUCACUCUCUGAUGUAUCCAUCAAUCGAAGACGACGACGAUCUUCUCGCUUCUCUUUGCUUCGAUCAAAGCGAUGGAGCUGAAGAUCCUUACGCAUUUAUACAGACAGAUCAGGAAAACCUCUUUCCGGAAUUUGGGUCAUCUGGUGUGAAUCUGCAGGCAGAGCAAGGACAAGUAUGUAACAUUGGAGCUCAAUUCGAUUCAUUUAGUGGAAACUUUCCUCAAGUCUAUAGUAGCAGCAUUGGAUCAGCACAAUUGGAUUUGGGGGCGUCGUAUAGUGGAGUUUUGCAGCAAGAGGCGCAUCAAGUCUGUAGCUUUAGAGGGCAAAACAACGAUUCAUCGACUCGUGUGCAUCAGGAACAUGAACAAGUGUGUAGUGGUGUUGUAGUGGAAAUCAACUCUUCAUCAUCUAUUGGAGCUAUUAAGGAAGAGCAAGAACAUGUUCAGGAAGAAUGCUCAAGAAAGAGGGGACGAACUGGAUCAUGUAGCAAGCUAGGAUCCAAAGCAUGUCGUGAGAAACGGAGAAGGGAACAGCUAAAUGAGAAGUUCACGGAUUUGAGCUCUGUUUUGGAGCCUACCAGGACUCCAAAGACGGAUAAAUCAGCAAUUCUUGAUGAUGCAAUCCGUGUUGUGAAUCAGCUCAGAGGUGAAGCUCACGAGCUUAAAGAAACCAACCAGACACUUCUUGAUGAGAUCAAGAGUUUAAAGGCGGAGAAGAACGAGCUAAGGGAAGAGAAGCUAGUGUUGAAGGCAGAUAAGGAGAAGAUGGAGCAACAGCUGAAAUCUAUGGCGGUUCCAUCACCGAGUUUCAUGCACUCGCAUCCAGCAGCUUUUCAUCCGAGUAAAAUGGCGGUUUAUCCGAGCUACGGUUACUAUCCAAACAUGCAAAUGUGGCCGUACUUGCAUCCUCCAGAACGUGAUACGUCUCAAGAUCCGUCUCCUGCUGCUUAAUCAUUUUGAUCAUAAUAUAUCAAUCACUUUGGACGUUUUGUUCCUUUCUCAGAUGAUAUAUUCUUUAUUAUUUAGUUUUGCAGUAGUAACCAUUGGGGGAUAGAGAAUUUUAAUGAUUCUUCCAUUUUCAAGUGUUUAGCUUUGUUCUUAGGUUCUGUUUUGGAAUAAAAUGUCUGAGAAACUUGUGAAUUUUAUUGUCUCUUGAUCAAAUAGCACAAAGGUGGAAAUAGAUAAA